CUGCGUUGGCUUGCAAGUGUGCGGACAACCCGGGCUACUGGGAGGUUGGGCUGCUUGGGAGCGGGAUGGGGAUGAACCGGGUGAGGGCGGUCUUCCUGGACUUGGACAACACGCUGAUCGACACGGCAGAGGCGAGUAGGAGAGCCAUGCUGGAGGUGAUAAACCUAUUAAAGUCAAAAUACCAGUACAAAGAAGGAGAAGCUCAUGUCAUCAGUGAAAAAGUCCAAGUUAAAUUCAGCCAAGAGUGCUACAGAGAGUCCAAAAUGUCCAUUACUGAUCUAAGGAUUUCACAUUGGGAAGAAGCUAUUCAAGAAACAAGAGGUGAGGCAGCCGAUCGGGAACUAGCAAAAGAAUGUUAUUUCCUAUGGAAAUCUACACGUCUACAACAUAUGACCUUAUCAGAAGAUGUAAAAAACAUGCUGACAGAACUUCGAAAGGAGGUCCCCCUCCUUCUUUUGACUAAUGGUGACACGCAGACACAAAGGGAGAAGAUUGAAGCUUGUGCCUGUCAACCAUAUUUUGAUGCUAUUGUUGUAGGUGGAGAGCAAGAGGAGGAGAAACCAGCACCAUCUAUAUUUUAUUACUGCUGUGAUCUCCUUGGGGUGCAGCCAGGAGAUUGUGUGAUGGUUGGGGAUACUCUAGAAACAGAUAUCCAAGGAGGUCUUAAUGCUGGCUUGAAAGCAACAGUCUGGAUAAAUAAAAAUGGAAUUGUUCCCCAGAAGCAGUCCCCAGUACCUCACUAUAUCGUUUCUUCCGUGCUAGAGUUACGUACCAUCUUACAGAAUAUAGAUUUCAUACCCAGUGUGUCAGCUUAACAAGUACCAAAAGAGACAUUAAGAAUUUCUGAGUCAGACCUUAAGUUUCUGCUGGGAAUGAAUGAGGUAUAUAUCUUCUUUUAGUCUUCUAGGUUCCAAAUCAGGAAAAUAUUCUAGUAAUUUAUAAAAAAUCACAUAUCACUUUUUUUUUGAGAAAAAUAAAAGUUGUUUUUUUCUUUUCUUUUCUUAAUUUAGACCAGAAAACUUGAAACUUCUUACGGGUUUGGGGAAAUUUUUGGUGGGUCUGUUGUUUGAAAGACUUGUUUACAUGAUAUCAUGAGAAUUAUUGGGAGUUUUUCCCCCAAAUAGUUUUGCAUCUUGGAUCUUUUUCUGUGGAUUAAAAAUAGGUAUUGAUUCUGAAAUUUAGAUUUGUGGGAAAUAUUUGUCAGGAAAUAUUGAUCUGGGUAGUACCUGUAAGCUAACACUCUUCAAGGCAAUAUUUUAAAAUCACAUAAGCACUUUGCCUUACUUAAAUCAAAGCAUUUAACUGAUAAUAAUGCAUUUAUAUGUUUUGCUUGAAAAUGUUUUAUAAAACACUGGUUAUGGUUUUUUCCUCAUUAAAAAUGUAUUCUUCCUUCUCUAAUAUGAAUAUUUUUAAACACCCCUCAUGUUACUCUGCUGACAAAGUUUCAUCAUUUUAUUUUUCACACAACAUGAAAUUUUAGCAUUAAUUCCUAUAGUUAGAGGGCUUUUAAUGCCAGUUACUCCUUUUCCCAUGAUACCAUUUCCAAGUGAACUUGCAACUUAAGAAAAUCUGUACAUCACAGAAAAGUGUCUUAUCUUUCCCAGGUGCUAGUUUGGAUUGAGGGCACACUUACAUUAUCAGGACAAGUGCAUACUAUAACACAACUAAAGUUAUUUACUUUCUAUUUUCUUGUGGCAACUUUUGGAAGGAUAAAGCUGCUACCGUACAGCUACUCCUUUCUUUGCAUCCUUCUCACCCUUAAAAAGGCCCAACUUAUUUCCCCUUCUGACUUGAUACUUUUGCAGAUGAAGGCAAAUAAAUGAUUACAUAUUUACCCUUACCUAAUUAAACAAUAUUGGCUCGGGGCAGCUAGGUGGCACAGUGGAUAAAUCACUGGCCUUGGAUUCAGGAGUACCUGAGUUCAAAUCCGACCUCAGACACUUGACACUUGCUAGCUGUGUGACCCUGGGCAAGUCACUUAACCCCCAUUGCCCCGCAAAAAAAACCAAAAAACAAAAAAAACAAUAUUGGCUCUCUGCAACUUAUUAACUGUAUGAUUAGGCAAGUCCCUUCAUGUACCUGGCUUUCAGUUUCCUCAUCUGUAGAAUGAGUGAGUUGAACCAGAUAGUCUCCAAGUUUUUACUUCUUACCCUUUUACUUUUCUUUCUUUCUUUUUUUUUUGUGAGGCAAUUGGGGUUAAGUGACUUGCCUAGGGUCACACAGCUAGUAAGUGUCAAGUGUCUGAGACUGGAUUUGAACUCAGGUCCUCCUGAAUCCAGGGCCGUUGCUCUAUCCACUGCGCCACCUAGCUGCCCCCACCCUUUUACUUUUAAAUGUUGUCCUGGGACAUAAGCAUCAUGAACUGUAUGAAUGGUGGUACUUGCAGAAAUUGGGGAUUUUCAAUGGACUCCUGAUCAAGACAGAGCCUGCAUCUUCUUAGAACUAGAAGGGACUUUAGAAAUCUAGUUCAAGCUACUCUUUUUUUUUUUUUUUUGAGGCAAUUGGGGUUAAGUGACUUGCCC